UAUGAACCAAUGCCCAGCGAUUGAAUGACUUGCACGAAAGCAUAAAAAAGACAGAGCCUGUUCCGACAGGUACAUUCGCAGUCACACCCGGACUCCGCAUUCAGCGUCACGGCCGUUCGAUCCGCCGGAGCGAGGGUAAAACUUGAUCGAGAAUCUGCCUACUGAGAGGUUCCUUCUCUGCAAACAAUAUGGGUAUCAGCCGUGAUUCUCGCCACAAGCGCAGCGCCACUGGUGCUAGACGUGACCAAUACCGAAAGAAGAGAAAGUUCGAGUUGGGUCGUCAACCCGCCAGCACCAAGGUUGGUAGCAAGCGUAUCCACUUGGUCCGCGUCCGCGGUGGCAACUACAAGAAGCGUGCUCUUCGUCUUGAAGCUGGUAACUUCUCGUGGGGUUCCGAAGGCGUUUCCCGCAAGACCCGUGUCUUGACCGUUGUCUACAACGCCUCCAACAACGAAUUGGUCCGUACCAACACUCUUGUCAAGGGUGCCAUCAUCCAGAUCGAUGCCACUCCUUUCCGUCAGUGGUACGAGUCUCACUACGCUCUUCCCCUCGGUAAGAAGAAGGCCAAGACCACUGAGAAGAAGUCCAACAGCGUCCAGAAGAAGCUCCAGGCUCGUCAGGCCAAGGCUGCUGUCGAUCCUCUUUUGGAUGAUCAGUUCGCUGCUGGUCGCCUUUAUGCCAUCAUUGCUUCCCGUCCCGGUCAAUCUGGCCGUUGCGAUGGUUACAUUCUUGAAGGCAAGGAACUCGAGUUCUACAUCAAGAAGAUCAAGGUAAAGUAUCUCAUAAGCAGUAACGUUGAUGAAUAUGCAAAAAUAUUUAUCGUUUUUCUUUUAUUUACAGUCCAAGAAGCAGCACUAAGCAUGCUUUCCCACUUUCUCGUUUACGUUCAUAUUGAGUCACAUGGACACUUCUUGAAAAUAAAGGCGAUUUUUGCAUAA